UUAAGUGGCUUUACCUGGUUGCAAUGUGUGUAUAAGCGGCUUUACCUGGCGCAGCGUGUGUAUAAGCACCAUUUCCUGGCGCAACACGUGUAUAAGCGGCAUGGUUUUUUUAAUGCGAGGGUCAACAUAUUUUAUUAAAGUUUUUGCUUGCUUGUUAUUUAAAUAGUGUUGUUUUAUUUUUCUCACAGCAAUGGCUUCUUACAUGGACCGGGAGUUCACAACUGGAUUCAUUGAUGUGUAUCGGGCCAGCGAAUGUCUGUGGAAGGUCCGUAGCAAGGAUUUUUCAAACAGACAGAAGAAGGAUCAGGCCUACAGACAAUUGGUGGAGUACAGCAAAGCCCAUAACAGUGAUGCUGAUCUACUUUGGGCGAAGAAGAAGAUAGCAAACUUGCGGACGGUGUUCAAGAAGGAACACACACGCGUGAUCGAGUCUCAACGUUCAGGAGCCGGAACUGAUGAUGUUUACCAGCCGACGCUAUGGUAUUAUGAACAGAUGAAGUUCCUUUUGGAGAGAGAGGCGAAAUUACAUGGACAGGGUAGCCUGGAUAAAGAGUCUCCUAAGACGCCAGAGGAAGAGGGGACCCUUAAUCCGGAAUCUACCCCGGAGGUAAUGAACACUUCCGCAACAGAGGCAACAGAACUGGAGCUCAGUGGUGAGGAGUCAGCACCAUCUCGGUCGACAGCACCACCAAGGCGGAGACAAAAGAAUUCAUCAUUGAGUUCCGAUUCUGCAUCCUCCAGCACGGUUCAAUUUAUCCAACGGGCAGAGGAAAUGCUUAAUAGGCCACCAGACUUCUAUCGUCAAUUUUCAAACACGAUAGAAUCUCAGAUACGUGUAAUGCCCGAAACUGUUUUUAGAACUUUCAGGCGCAUAGUAUUUGAUGUAUUGAGAAGGGCCGAGGAUAAUGACCUAUCCGAUGACCUGGAUCUAAUGUCAAAUCCUGUGCGGCGCGCACGAAAUGCCCCACAGUCCCAGUAUCCUUAUCCCCAACCAUACUAUUAUCCGCCGGGUAAUCCUCCGCCACAGCGCCCUUUUUUUUCGCCGGGACCCCCACCAACACCCACUCUGCCCACUCCUCCCACCAGCACUUUGUCCACUGGAUUGUACUCAGCAAUGCUGAGUACACAGCUCCCCCCAGAGGACGAGGCUACUUUUUUCAAUUAUUAAAUUAUAAUUUUUUUUAUUAGUUUUUUAGUUUCCGUUGGACAAAUUGUUCCAUGUUUCCUCGACUCUUUUAUGUUGUUCAUAGUUACCAUAGUGUCGGUUUUUUGUCCUGGACUUUUGAACGUUGGGAUAUUGGUCAUUCUUAUCGAUGAAUCCAGUUGCAUAAGUGUUAAAAAUUAAUAUAUU